AUGGUUGCGGAUCCGGACCAGCAGCCGUUGAUAUCGGACGGCUCAGAUGGAACCAGGGCCAGCGGUUGGUGGGACCAGUUGAUAAGAUCAGUUGAAGUUGCGUGGCCCCACGAUAUGUUUCCCCAGUCUGGACCGUCGGGAUUGUACUGGUAAAACAAAUGCUGGGGUGUGCAAGGGCCGGGUUUCGUGCAUGGGGGGCGAGGGGCAACGGAUUUUGUACGACCGCAUCGGCGCUUCAUCUUCUCGAUCAAGGCGUGGAGAGGAUCCACGUAUCGCUCAAAUGCAGCGGGAAUUGGAGGAGGAGCAACGGGCCUUGGAGGAGCAACGCAAAAAGGACGAAGAAACAAGAGCCCGGCUGGAAGCGAUGGAACGGAUCCUCAGCGCCGGAAUUCAGAAUCAGCCUCAGCCAUAUAUACUGCACCCCGAGCAGACUCCUCAAGUUCCGCAGAUGGGCGGUUAUUUCCGUUUCAACUCUGCUUCCAGGUUGCCUUCAUAUGGUUCUUUUCAAGAUAUCAAUUUUCAUAACCUGUUUCAAACAUCUGGAGGCAGCCAAGGAGGACGCAGUUGCGGAGGAGGCAGUCGCGGUGGCAACCGAGAAGGCCAAGGUGGAGGCAACCGAGAAGAAGACGAG